AUGGGAUACCCAAAUAAGGCAAUUAAAUAUAUUGAGAAUUUAUUACAACGAACAGCAAUAAGAACAAAUGAUAUCGAAAUGUAUCUCCUAUUUGAUUAUCUUAGCAAUGCUUAUGCUGCUAAUAGACAUCACGAUAUGGCUCUAGAAGUAUCAUUAGCUGUUUACCAGUUACGCCAGUACAUUGAUCCUAAAUCAAUUACGUUGAAUCCAAUUUCAGUUGAUUUAACAAAUAUUGGUCGAAACUAUACCAACAAUAAACAAUACGAUCUUGCAUUAGAAUACUAUGGUAAAGCAUUGAAAACAAUUCACAUUGAUGACUAUCAAUUGAUUGCACAACUUCAUCAUAGUAUUGGUCAUAUCUGUGGUAAACAGCAAAAUUAUAUUGUAGCCAUGAGACAUUUUCAACAUGCAUUAGAUAUGCUUGACAAAGGUAAUGCAUAUGAUGUAUUAACUAUAUCUGAAAUUCACAAAGAUAUUGGUUAUAUAUAUUCUUUCAUAAAAACAUACCAUUUAGCAGUUAAACAUCUUGAAUAUUCUAUUGCAUUAAGAAAGUUAAUGUGUAGUAUAAAUGAUCCUGAAAAUGGGCGAAUUUUAUUCGAUAUUGGAACGAUGUAUCGUGAGAUGAAACAAUACAAUAAAACUAUUGAUAUUUAUUAUCAAGCAUUGAAUAUAUUAGAAAAAUGUCCAUUUCAUGAUAUAUUUGAAGUAUUUUGUAUUGUAUUUACGAAUAUAGCACAUACCUAUAAUCGAAUGAAAAAAUCUAAAAUGGCUGUGGAAUAUUAUCGAAAAGCUGUAGAAAUACAAUUGAGUCUAAUACCAAUGGAUAAAUGGCGACUCGUUUAG